AGAAGGUAACGGGGGCGAAAUGACCUCCAAUGGAGAAAACGCAGCACACUAGAAAAGACGAUCUCGAAUCGCAUUUCUAAAACUCAGGAGGGCUUCAAUACGUCAUGCCCCUUCGACCUCUUCUAGAGCCACCUUAACACUUCCCCUUCAAUAAUUAAAUCAAAACAUUAUUAUAAUAAAUUUCACAUAUAAAGGCACGCUCCCAUGCCGUCUCCUUCAGUUCGCAGACUCACAAUGACAGCGAUAUCCAACUCCUUGUCGCUGAAGCAAGGUUUCUCUCUCGCGCGUCCGCGAACUCCUUUUCUCACUCGAACUCCUCCUUCUUCCGCUUCCGUCAAAUUCACAAGAUGCUACGCCGCCUUCGCCAACGAGAAUCGCGAGUACGUGAUUGUUGGCGGAGGAAAUUCCGCGGGAUAUGCUGCACGCACUUUCGUCGAGCACGGCAUGGCCGAUGGUCGCCUCUGUAUUGUGACCAAAGAGCCAUACGCACCUUACGAGCGUCCUGCUCUGACGAAAGCGUAUUUGUUCCCGCCAGAUAAGAAACCAGCGCGCCUUCCUGGUUUUCACACUUGUGUUGGAUCCGGUGGAGAGAGGCAGACUCCAGAGUGGUAUAAGGAGAAUGGGAUAGAGAUGUUGUAUGAAGAUCCAGUAAAAGAUAUUGAUAUUGAGAAGCAAACUUUGACGACAAGUUCUGGAAAACUUCUGAAAUAUGGUUCUCUUAUUAUUGCUACAGGAUGCACAGCAUCAAGGUUUCCAGAGAAAAUUGGGGGAAACCUACCUGGUGUUCACUAUAUCCGGGAAGUUGCAGAUGCUGAUGCACUGAUUCUAUCAUUGGAAAAAGCAAAAAAGGUUGUAGUUGUCGGAGGUGGUUAUAUAGGAAUGGAGGUUGCUGCUGCUGCUGUUGGUUGGAAACUUGAUACAACAAUCAUAUUUCCAGAAGAUCACCUUUUGCAAAGACUGUUUACUCCUUCUCUUGCCCGGAGAUAUGAAGAACUCUAUCAAAAGAAUGGAGUCAAAAUCUUGAAGGGUGCUUCCAUAAAAAAUUUGGAAGCUGGUUCUAACGGACAUGUAGCUGGUGUGAAACUUGGAGAUGGAUCCAUUGUGGAGGCAGAUACGGUUAUUAUAGGCAUUGGAGCAAAACCUGCUGUGAGUCCCUUUGAGAGGGUGGGGCUGAAUACAGAUGUUGGUGGUAUACAGGUUGAUGGUCUGUUUCGGACUAGCACUCCUGGAAUCUUUGCUGUUGGUGAUGUAGCAGCUUUCCCUUUAAAGAUCUAUGACCGUGUUGCUCGAGUGGAACAUGUAGAUCAUGCCCGACGCUCUGCACAGCACUGUGUGAAAGCAUUACUCAGUGCGCAAACUCACACGUAUGACUAUCUUCCACAUUUCUACUCGAGGGUUUUUGAAUAUGAAGGGAGCCCUAGAAAAGUAUGGUGGCAAUUCUUUGGAGACAAUGUUGGGGAAACAGUUGAAAUUGGAAAUUUUGAUCCUAAAAUAGCUAACUUUUGGAUUGAAUCCGGUAAGCUGAAAGGAGUUCUUCUUGAAAGUGGAAGCCCUGAGGAAUUUCAACUCCUGCCUAAACUUGCAAGAAGUCAGCCUCUGAUUGAUAAAGCCAAACUUCAAAACGCAACUUCUGUGGAGGAGGCCCUAGAGAUUGCUCGGGGAUCCUUGCAAGGCGAAGCUGCUGUCUAGUACAGAUCUUGGUAACAUCAUCCUGUAAUUUAUUUUCUUUUACGGCUAUAUUAUGAGUGACCAUCUGUCGUCAUCCGAGUAGGCAUUGCUCCUUUGAGAGAUAAUAAAUUUUAUUAUAUUCUCAGUCACAUGGAAUUAUCAGCAGUUUUCAACUGGAAUGUGUAAUUUGGAUUUGAUCAUGCGCCGUACGGCGUCCAUGAAUUUUCUCAAUAAUUUUAAGAUAGCCUUUGCCUUUACACGUUACGUUUA